GUUAGCCUCCUCGUCUGCUCCGUUCCAUCUCGUUCAUUCUCUGCAGCUAACUCUGCAUUGGCGUCCAUGGAUAUGGCCAAGUCCCUGAUUCUGUGCACAGCGCUCGCGGCGUGCCUCACGCUCGCCGCCGCCGGCUGGUCUCAAGGCACCGCCACGUUCUACGGCGGACCCGACGGCUCCGACACCAUGGGUGGCGCGUGCGGGUACGACAACCUGUACAACGCCGGGUACGGCGUGCUCAACGCGGCGCUCAGCCAGACGCUGUUCAACGACGGCGCGUCGUGCGGGCAGUGCUACCUCAUCACCUGCGACGGGUCACGCCAGGGCGGCCAGUACUGCAAGCCCGGCACGUCGAUUACGGUCUCGGCCACCAACCUGUGCCCGCCCAACUACGCGCUCCCCAACGGCGGCUGGUGCGGCCCGGGCCGCCCCCACUUCGACAUGUCGCAGCCGGCGUUUGAGAACAUCGGCAUCGCCCAGGCCGGCAUCAUCCCUGUCCAGUACCAGCGGGUCCAGUGCAAGCGCAGCGGCGGCGUGCGCUUCAGCAUCGCCGGCUCAAACUACUUCUUACUCGUCAACAUCCAGAACCUCGGCGGCAGCGGCUCCGUGGGAGCCGCCUGGGUCAAGGGCGAGAAGACGGGGUGGAUCCAGAUGUCCAGGAACUGGGGCGCCAACUGGCAGGCGCUCGCCGGGCUUGUCAACCAGGGGCUCAGCUUCGCCGUCACCAGCACUGGCGGGCAGUACAUUCAGUUCCUCAACGUCGCGCCAGGGUGGUGGCAGUUCGGCCAGACCUUCACCAACAACUACCAGAAUUUCGCCUACUGAGACUUACAAGCAGGAGAGCAAUUAGUAUUCUUCGCCAUUUCUUGCAAUUCGGUUGAGUGGCGAGUGAGCGCUAGCUCAUGAUUUUGACGGAGCAAGCUCAACUUGUCAUUCCAUCCUUGGUGACCGCCUGACUGGCAUCUCUCCUAGGUGAUGCUCCGACUGCAGGAGGUGCGCAAAAUGUAUAAUUUCGAAUUUCCACCUCUUUGUGUAUUUUUAUUUCUCUUACAAUUUUGUUCCCAAUGUUUUUAAAUGUUUGUUUUACUUGAGUCUCAAAUAUACAUGUAAUAUUAUAAAUGAAUUAAUGGAGAUUCAUUGCUGAGUCAACAAAAAACCA